AUGUUCUAAACAAUUCACAAUUUGCUGCCAAGCUUAUUCAAUUAUAAUGAAUACAUACCAGCAAAAAUAGAAAUAGAUAGAUUGACAUAGUUGGAAGCAGUAUUAUUAUGUCAAUUUAAUCACUAGCGUAUGAAGGAAUUAAAAAUUAUUCAAACUAAUAAUGAACUUUAUACCAAACAAAUUAUACGUCGAUAAUCAAUAGAAAGAUAUAAGUAAAAGAAACGAUUUGGAAAUGCUUAAUAGAUAUAUUAAGUGCGUAAAAUUAUUGCAGAGAAAAGAUUAAGAAUAAAUGGGUAAUUUUUAACAUAAAGUGAAUCUGAAAAGAUUUUGUAAGCUAGGUAUAUUUUAGGAAAAAAAAAAGUUUAAAUAAUAAACAAUAAUGUGAAAAUAAAAAUUUCUAAUGAAAAGCGAAAGGAAAACCUUAUAAAAUUUAUUGAUAAAUUAAUGCCUGAUUAAAUUUUAUAGAAAAUAUAGAAUAAAUAAAGAAUAUUCAAAAUUAAAUGA